GUGUUUUCUAGCACCUGGCAUGCCUGGAUGUCCCUGUCCUGGCUGUGGUAUGGCAAGCCAAAGGCUCCUCUUCCUCACUGUCCUUACCCUGGAGCUCCUGGGAAGGGUUGGAGGUUCCCAGCCAGCCCUCCGGAGCCUGGGGGCUGCAGCUGCCUGUCGCCUGGAUGAUAAAGAAAGCGAGUCCUGGGGGGCUCUGUUGAGUGGGGAGCAACUGGACACCUGGCUCUGCGCCCUCUUGGGCUCUCUCAUGGUUGGGCUCAGUGGCGUUUUCCCCUUGCUGGUCAUUCCCCUGGAGAUGGGAACCGUGUUGCGCUCAGAAGCUGGAGCGUGGCGUCUGAAGCAGCUGCUCAGCUUCGCCUUAGGUGGACUCCUGGGCAAUGUGUUUCUGCACCUGCUGCCAGAGGCCUGGGCCUACACCUGCAACAUCAGCCCGGCCACUGGCUUGGCAUGGCCUGUUAGUGCUCCCUCUGCAGGUGGUGAAGGGCAGAGUCUGCAGCAGCAGCAGGACUUGGGCCUGUGGGUCAUUGCUGGCUUCCUGACUUUCCUGGCAUUGGAGAAGAUGUUUCUGAAUAACGAGAAGGAGGACCCCAACCAGGCCCCCAGCAAAGACCCCACUGCUGCCGCGCUCAAUGGAGGCCACUGUCUGGCCCAGCCGGCUGCAGAGCCCGGCCUGAGAGCCGUGGUCCGGAACCUCAAAGUCAGUGGCUAUCUCAACCUACUGGCCAACACCAUAGACAACUUCACUCAUGGGCUGGCUGUGGCUGCCAGCUUCCUUGUGAGCAAAAAGAUUGGGCUUCUAACCACCAUGGCCAUCCUCCUGCAUGAGAUCCCCCAUGAGGUGGGUGACUUUGCUAUCCUGCUCCGGGCUGGCUUUGACAGAUGGACUGCAGCCAAGCUACAGUUCUCUACUGCCCUGGGAGGCCUUCUGGGGGCCUGCUUCGCCAUCUGUACACAAUCCCCAAAAGGAGUAGAGGAGACAGUAGUCUGGACCCUGCCCUUUACCUCUGGAGGAUUUCUCUAUAUUGCCCUGGUGAACGUGUUGCCUGACCUAUUGGAAGAUGACGACCCAUGGCACUCCUUGCAGCAGGUGCUGCUGCUCUGCUCAGGCAUCGUGGUGAUGGUACUGCUGUCAUUCUUCGUUGAGUAACCAUUGCUGACACCCCAGUCUGCAUAGCAAGCAAUAAGAGACUCCAGUUUGUUCUGUGAUUGUGUGUGUGAGAGGCAGAGGGUGAAUGCUAGAGCCAGCCUCUCACUGGACAGAGGGGUGUGUGGUGUGCAUGUGCAGCCAGAAAUGUGAGAGACCGACACUGUGAUCCCUGUGUGCGGAGUCCAGAGCCCAACGUAGCACCUGUCUUGCCAUCCCAUUGUCAUCUA